AUGAAGGCAGUGACGGUCCUGGGUGCACUGCUGGCCGUUGUGUGUCAGGUCAGCAGCAGUGGUCAGGUAACACAGAGCGAUCUGAACCCAGCUGUGCUGCACCCAUGGAGACACAGGAGUGCAGGUCCACAGGUCAGGGUCAAGAGAGACUGGAUCAUUCCACCAAUCCGAGUAUCAGAAAACAGCAAGCAGGUCCCUGAAGAUCUGGUCCAGAUCAAAUCAGACAAGGUUUUCACCGGGGAGGUGAUAUACAUGCUGGAGGGACCCGGGGUUGACCAGGACCCCAAAGGCCUCUUUGAAAUUGAUGAAAAAACAGGAUGGAUCAAGAGCAAAAUGCCACUGGACAGGGAAAAACACAAGAGUUUUAAGCUCAAAGCUUUUGCACUGUCCCCAAGUGGAGAGAGACUGGAAAGUCCCAGCACCAUUGAAAUUUACGUUCUAGAUCAGAAUGACCACAGGCCUGAAUUUACCCAGAAGGAGUUCAACGGCACUAUUCCUGAAUUCUCUGUUCCAGGAACUUCAGUGAUGCAGGUUACAGCGAUAGAUUCUGAUGAUCCACUGACAGAAAACGCAGCUCUGAGCUACUUCAUCAUUGGACAAGAUAGUUUCCCUCCCCACAGCAUUAACAAGACCAUGUUUGGCAUUAAUAACAAAACUGGAGUCAUCUACACUCGAGAUGUGGGACUAGACAGAGAUGUGGUGCAGUCCUUUAGGCUGACUCUGCAGGUGGCUGACAUGUCUGGAGUGGGCCUAACCUCCACCGGUCGUGCCAUCAUUCACAUCUCUGACAUUAACAACCAUGCUCCGAAAUUCCAUCCUACCACAUACAUCAUGAAUGCAAUGGAAAACAAGUACAUUGCGGAGUUGGGCAGGGUCAAUGCAACAGAUAAGGACCAGAAAGGUGGAGAUAACUGGAGGAUUAAGUACACCAUCGUAAAUCCUUCAGGGCACUUUGCCAUCCGCACAGACCCAGUUUCCAACCAAGGCAUCAUUUAUGUGGUUAAGACACUAGACUAUGAAUCCCAGGCAGAGUACCAGCUCAUUGUCAAAGCAGAGAAUGAAGUCAGGCUUAAAGCACCAUACGAGCAAAUACAGAGUGCUACAGUCACCGUCAGAGUGAUGAAUGAAAACGAGGCCCCAGUCUUCUAUAAAAACCCCAUUAAAGUGACUGUUGCAGAGUCCACUGUUCCCGGGACUGUCCUGGUCUCAGAUAUUGCUCAUGAUCCAGAUAAUUCCAAGCUAAGGUUUGAAUUCAUUCAGGAUCCUGAGAAUUGGCUUGCUAUUAACCAUGGAACUGGACAAAUCACAGCCAGGAGAUCCUUCAAUAUCCGGUCUCCCCACGUCAGGAACAACAUUUACUCUGCAAUUGUGAAAGUCAUAGAUCAGGAUGCUGGCGGAAUCUCUGCAACAGCUACAAUGGAGGUCAAUCUGUGGGAGACCAAUGAUUACCCACCAGUGCUGAUACCCUUGAGUGGGACUGUGUGCAGUGACAGGGACAGAGAUAAACUGGGACUUCUGCUUAGUGCUGUGGAUGAGGACAUGUCCCCUCAAGCUGACCCCUUCACUUUUUACAUUGCUGAUCAAAAUGUGGCUGCCAACUGGACCAUCAUAACUCUUAAUGAGACUCAUGCGGUUCUCCAGCCACUGAUAGACAUAGAGAAAGGGGAAUUCUUUAUUCCUGUGGUCGCAUCAGACUCUGGCUCUCCUUCCCUUUCCUCUGAUGCUCUGGUCAACGUGACUGUGUGCCCCUGUGACAGUUUCGGUGACUGCAAGAGCUACACCGCAGCCAUCUUUGAAACCAAAAUGGGAAUAAGUUUCAUUGCCCUUAUGAUUAUUAUGGGAUGCAUUGCUCUUCUGUUGUUACUGCUUGUUCUUGCUGUGGCGGUGAAGGGCUGCACAAGGCAGAACAUUAGAAAAGAAGGAGGUCUGCUGGUCGGAGUGUCUGACGAUGACAUCCGAGACAAUGUCUUUCACUAUGAUGAGCAGGGAGGAGGAGAAGAGGAUGAAGAUGCAUUUAAUAUUGAUUUUCUGAGGAACCCAAGUGACAUGGUCCCUGCCCCAGCCUCAUUUUUUCCACAAGACUGCAGCCUGCCCAGAGGAAAACAGCCUCUAAGGAAAGAUGCACCUCAUAACCUGCCUUCUCCUACAUAUCCACGCAAACCCCCAGGAGACCCGACCGACAUAGAAGAUUUCAUCAAUGUUUUAUAA